GCAGCAGCAGAAGCAGAAGAAGUCCUCCCCUUGUCUGGUUAGUCUCCACCAGUCUGCAGCCUGUGUAGAAGAGCUUGGAGGCGGUGUACCGGCAUCUGUUUAAAAUGCCUGUCGAGUUAGACCAGUGGACCGGCCCUCUCGCGCUGACAGAGGUGGAGGAGAAGCCUUCACACGCGCUGAGCGUCAAGUACGGCUCUGCUGAAAUCGACGAUUUGGGCAAAGUACUGACGCCGACGCAGGUGCAGAGUCGACCCACUUCCAUUGAGUGGGCGGGAUGUGACCCCAGUAAACUAUAUACCUUGGCCCUGACAGAUCCAGAUGCACCCAGCAGAAAAGACCCCAAGUUCAGAGAGUGGCACCACUUCCUGGUGGUCAAUAUGAAAGGGAAUGAUGUGUCCAGUGGCUGUGUCAUGUCGGACUAUGUCGGCUCUGGCCCCCCCAAAGGCACAGGUCUCCACAGGUAUGUGUGGCUGGUCUACGAGCAGACCAGCAGCCUGUCCUGCACCGAGUCUGUCCUUACAAACCGCUCGGGAGACAACCGCGGCAAGUUCAAGAUCCAGAGCUUCAGGCAGAAGUACGGCCUGGGAUGCCCCGUGGCUGGGACCUGCUACCAAGCCGAGUGGGAUGACUACGUCCCUAAACUGUACGAACAACUGGCUGCAAAGUGAAAAUAGGAUUUGAGAUUAUCGAGUGUUUAGCACAAGUGAUUCACAGGAAUGCCCCUGGUCUUUAGGAAACCCCCAUUCUAACAAGCAACAGAAAUCUCAACAAUAAUGAAGGCUUCUCUUUUUUGUGUGUGCCGCCAAAUCGCAUUUCCUGUUCUCCACCGGUUACCCAUGUUUCACAUUCUCACCGAGCGAAUGGCAACCCCCUUUCACUGACCCCACCAUUUACAAUAAACCCGUGUGCCACUGAAACUGUUGCGUUUUCUUU